CCCCCCAAAGCAAUUUCUUUGAUACCUCAUCUGUCCCAAAUUUCGUUUCCUCUUGUGGAGGUCAUUCUCCAUCCCUCCAUCUCAGGCCAGGAAGGAAGGAGUGAGAGAUGGAGGCGGGACACACAAAUAAAGUUGUUGCUGAGGUGUUCCUGCGAGUAUCUUUGUAGAUCUUAGGAAACUAUUUCUUGAUUUAAGGCAUUGACAUGCUGGCUGAUAUCCAAACAGGGGAUGGGCCAGAGAUGUCACUGCCUUGGUCCUUUCAUUACAGGCUGCUACUUCCCCACAGAUGUCAGAUGGUGCCAUAAUAAUAAUAAUAAUAAAUACCAUUUCAUUUCUAGACUGCCCUCUCUCCCCAGAGGGACUCAACAGUAUCAUUUCUCCCGUGGUGUGGGGCGCAGACAUCCUGUGACGGUGCGGCAUGUCUCAUGAAGAGCCACGUCCACUGUUUGAACGUGGUGAGAUGUCUUCCCCACUGGGCCUGUGAAUUCAGCAGCAGAGGAGCCAAGCGCCUGUCUUUCCAGGGCCUGGUUGGGAUCCCCAGGUUGUGCCAGUCAGCUUUUGUACCAUGUGAUUUCUACCACCCACUUUUGGCUUGAGAGUCAAGCAGGGCUUCUUGUUGAUUGCUGUCUUGUAUAUUGUUCCUGUUUUGUAUGGGAUCUUUCUGUGAGCCACGCCGAGUCCCCUCUGGGGGAGAUGGUGGCAGGAUACAAAUGUUGUUGUUGUUGUUGUUGUUGUUGUCCCUUUGUCUGCAUGUCCCUCUGUUGUGAAUGUCCAUGCCAGCUGAUCCCUGGGGGCCCCUCCCUUUCCGCGCGCCCUUCCUUCCUUCCUUCCUUCUCUUGGUCUGUUGACCUCCCUUCCCCAGUCCCUUGCUCUCUCUCUCUCUCUCUCUCUCUCUCUCUCUCUCUCUCUCUCUCCGCAGUCUUGAGGUGGAGGUGAAGGGGAGGCCUGCGGGGCCUGAGGGGAGGCCUUCUGGGAGUUGGAGUCCAAAACCCCGCCCCGGAGGGAGGCCCGGAGCUUGCCCAGGCCUGGCUGAGAGAGAGAGAGAGAGAGAGAGAGAGAGAGAGAGCGGUGGUGGCCUGUGUUCCCAGGGAGAGAACGAGAGAGGAAGGCCCGCCUGGGAGUGGGCCAGGCCCGGGCCCUCCUCGGCCUCCCCUCCCUCCCUCCCUCCCUCCCUCCCUCCCUCCCUUGGGCCUUGGCUCCUCUUGGGCCCUCGGGAGGAGGCCUGGCAACGAGACUCACCAGGACUGACGAGGCGGAGGACGAGGCCGCAGGCUCGGGCUCGGAGAGAAGGAAGGAAGGAAGGAAGGAAGGAAGGAAGGAAGGAAGAAGGCAGGCCCCGCCCCUCCCCGCCCCUCCCCCCUCGCUCCCGGCUCAGGCCUCGGCCUUCCCAACGGUCACUCAGCCCGUCACAUGACCCGCGGGCGGGAAGGCCAGGGCGAGGCUGCCCGGAGACUGGUGACGCGGAGAGACCAGGCCGAUCCCCAUUGGCCCAUUUCUGGAAGGACCCUUCACGGCCCAAGGGCGAGGGGAGGGUCGGGGGCGUUCCUGCCCGGAGACCGAUGACGCGCGAGAGGAAGGCGGGUUCCCAUUGGCGGACCGUGAAGCGAAGGGGGGAAGGCGGGGGGGGGGGGAGAAGCGCCUAGUUCCCUCAGGCGAAGCCCCGCCUUCCACCCUUUCCUGUGAGCGCCCUUCGAGGAAGAGGGAGGAGGAGGAGGAGGAGGAGGAGGAGGAGGAGGCCUUUCGGGAGAGAGAGAGAGAGAGAGAGGAGCAGACCCAUAACCCGGACCCUUCCCUCGGCAGAGAGGGCCGUCCUGCGGAAAGAAGGGCGUCUGCAGGGAGGGAUUGGCGGAGGCCAUGCAGAAGAAGCUCCAGGCCGAAGUGGAGAAGGACCAGCAGGUGCCAAAAGGUAACUUCUGAAAAAGCUCUGCAAAGAAUACGUUGUGAGAGCUUUGCCCAAGGAGUGCUCUAAGUCUAAAGGGACUUCAAAAUACACAGCAAUGACAACAAGAAAAAAUAAGUAGUAAAAAUAUAUUUCAAGCUACAAACCUAUGCAGUUAAGAGGAGGAAAUAAGAUUGUGCUGAAAAAAGAGAGGCUUGGGAAAGCGAGCAGAAGGCUACAGCAAUACAAAGACUGUGCUGCUCAGGAGGUUAUAUCUGUGAACCCCUGGCAUAAUAUUUGAAUUAUAAAUAUAAAAGAAUGGCAAGUCCUCUACCUCCCUAUCCUAGAUCACACACAGGGGAGAAGUUACAUCAGUGUCUGGAAUGUGGGAAACAAUUUGAUUGGAAAAAUUCUCUUACUGUACAUGAACGGACCCACACAGGGGAGAAGCCAUAUGAAUGUGUGGAAUGUGGAAAGAGCUUCAGUCGGAGUGACAAAUUACGUUCCCAUCAAAGGACCCACACAGGGGAGAAACCCUAUAAAUGCAUAGAAUGUGGAGAAAGCUUCAGUCGGAGUGACAGUCUACGUUCCCAUCAAAGGACCCACACAGGGGAGAAGCCAUAUAAAUGCAUGGAAUGUGGAGAAAACUUCAGUCACAGUGGCAGUCUACGUUCCCAUCAAAGGACCCACACAGGGGAGAAGCCCUCUAAAUGCAUGGAAUGUGGAGAAAACUUCAGUCACAGUGGCAGUCUACGUUCCCAUCAAAGGAAGCACACAGGGGAGAAGCCCUAUAAAUGCAUAGAAUGUGGAGAAAACUUCAGUCGGAGUGACAGUCUACGUUCCCAUCAAAGGAAGCACACAGGGGAGAAGCCAUAUAAAUGCAUAGAAUGUGGAGAAAGCUUCAGUCAAAGUGGCAGUCUACGUUCCCAUCAAAAGACCCACACAGGGGAGAAGCCACAUAAAUGCGUAGAAUGCGGAAAGAGCUUCAGUCACAGUGGCAAUCUACGUUCCCAUCAAAGGACUCACAUAGGGGAGAAGCCAUAUGAAUGUGUGGAAUGUGGAAAGAGCUUCAGUCGGAGUGACAAAUUACGUUCCCAUCAAAGGACCCACACAGGGGAGAAACCCUAUAAAUGCAUAGAAUGUGGAGAAAGCUUCAGUCGGAGUGACAGUCUACGUUCCCAUCAAAGGAUCCACACAGGGGAGAAGCCAUAUAAAUGCAUGGAAUGUGGAGAAAGCUUCAGUCGGAGAGACAAACUACGUUUCCAUCAAAGGACCCACACAGGGGAGAAGCCCUCUAAAUGCAUGGAAUGUGGAGAAAACUUCAGUCACAGUGGCAGUCUACGUUCCCAUCAAAGGAAGCACACAGGGGAGAAGCCCUAUAAAUGCAUGGAAUGUGGAGAAAACUUCAGUCACAGUGGCAGUCUACGUUCCCAUCAAAGGAAGCACACAGGGGAGAAGCCCUAUAAAUGCAUAGAAUGUGGAGAAAGCUUCAGUCGGAGUGACAGUCUACGUUCCCAUCAAAGGAAGCACACAGGGGAGAAGCCAUAUAAAUGCAUAGAAUGUGGAGAAAGCUUCAGUCAAAGUGGCAGUCUACGUUCCCAUCAAAGGAAGCACACAGGGGAGAAGCCCUAUAAAUGCAUGGAAUGUGGAGAAAACUUCAGUCGGAGUGACAGUCUACGUUCCCAUCAAAGGACCCACACAGGGGAGAAGCCAUAUAAAUGCAUAGAAUGUGGAAAGAGCUUCAGUCAGAGUGACAAGCUACGUUCCCAUCAAAGGACCCACACAGGGGAGAAGCCAUAUAAAUGCAUAGAAUGUGGAAAGAGCUUCAGUCAGAGUGACAGUCUACGUUCCCAUCAAAGGACCCACACAGGGGAGAAGCCAUAUAAAUGCAUAGAAUGUGGAAAGAGUUUCAGUCAGAGUGGACAUCUACGUUCCCAUCAAAGGACCCACACAGGGGAGAAGCCACAUAAAUGCCUGGAAUGUGGAAAGUGCUUCAGUCAGAGUGACAAGCUACGUUCCCAUCAAAAGACCCACACAGGGGAGAAGCCACAUAAAUGCGUAGAAUGCGGAAAGAGCUUCAGUCACAGUGGCAAUCUACGUUCUCAUCAAAGGACCCACACAGGGGAGAAGCCACAUAAAUGCAUGAAAUGUGGAGAAAGCUUCAGUCAGAGUGACAGUCUACGUUCCCAUCAAAGGACCCACACAGGGGAGAAGCCAUAUAAAUGCAUAGAAUGUGGAGAAAGCCUCAGUCAGAGUGUCAGUCUACGUUCCCAUCAAAGGACCCACACAGAGGAGAAGUCACCUUAAUGCACGGAAUAGGAACAGAGCUUUAGAAAAAGUUCAGCAUACAGUAGACAUCACAGAACUCAUGUACCUCUAGAGGAGACGGGCCUUUGAGUUUCCGAAUCUAUAAAAACACAUUGGAAGGAAAGAGGAAGGCCAGCACCUUGCUCUCUCUCCACCAUGAAUCGGAGUUUGUGUGGCCUUGGUUGACGGCUACUGGGAGCAGGUGUCACUCAGAAUGGCAGCAAGCUUGGAAGGGGUUCACCUAACCUCCUCCUCAAAGAGACCCAUCGCAGGCUUCUAGGAUGAUGUGUGAAGGUUUGCUGAAAUGAGCAGCAGCAGAGAUCUCUGGAUUAAAGGGUUCUGAAAAAGAAUAGCUCUUUGGUUGCAGAUAACGUCGUAUCUUCAUACUCCUGCCUUAUUUCUUGGCUCUUCUGCAUUCAAUGGCAUCAAUUGUUUCCCAUGCAUGUGUACUGUAUGUACUGUGAUCUGUCCUGAGUCCCUUGGUUGAAAUUUUGGGUGCUAGCCCUGUACUUUUAACCCUUUUCUGGACUUUGUUGUAUCCUGAAUCAUUGACUCUAAAUUCUGGACUGACGUCUAGGUUUCGUAUAUGGACUUGGACUUUGUUUGUAUCCCUGACUUUCUGGCUUGACUUUGGGACUCUAAAUUCGGUUUGUACUCUUGAUUUCUUGGUUGUUGUUUUAUCAACUCAGCUGAAUGAACUCCUGGCAUGUGACUGUUGGGACUGUGACCUUGGUUCUUGUUAAUUUUCACUCCUGACCUGUAUCUGCAGUACUCAACUUGUCUGCAAUAAUUGGACUCUUGACCUGCACUUGUAUUCAUUGUUCCUUCAACGGUGUUGCUCCAAUUAUUUUAGCUCAGUGGCUCCCAACCUUUUUUUUAACUAGGGAUCAUUUGACAAGGGACCACUCUCCAAAAUUAGUACCAGAAGGGUUAUAAAUCAGUUUUUGGUCAACUUUAGAUUUGGUUUGGUUAUUUGGAGUGAUGAUUCAGAAAAUUGCAUUGGAUAGACCACGUCAGCUCUCAUUCCUGAUAUGCCAUCCAGUGAGUCGUCAUCUGCUCGCCCACAGAAAACCAUAUUUAAUAAUCCUGGGACUAUCAGAGGGUUUCGCGAGACCAGUCACUCUCAUUGUAAUGGUGUAGUAACUGUGAGGCUGUGAACCCUAUUUUAGUUCUUGCGGACCACUGGUGGUCCAUGGACCCCAGGUUGGGAACCACUGUUUUAGCUGGACUGAAGACUUUAGUUUUCCUAUAAAAUAAUAUGGUCUUGGCUUGUCUUGUGUUUGUUUAAUAAACCUCAGACUUUAUACCGAGAGAGCCCUGGAA